AUGGGCCGCAAAGUGUGGGCGGCGGUGAAGAAGAAGAUCAAGAAAAUGUUCCCAAAGAAGCGUCAAGGUAAGAGUUUUUUAGCUUAUCAUUAGGGCCUUAAUAUCAAUUUUAAACAGGAGAGCAUUUUCGCAAUUUUUUAAACUUAUUUUUGCCUUUUGAAAUUUUAGUAAAAAUUUUUUAAUUUUUUUUAAACAAUUUGAUCGUAUUUUACACUAUUUUUACUGUUUGGAAGUUUAGAAGAGGCACCCAACGACGACAGCAAGACCGAUCCUAAAAAUAAUGGGAUUCCGUCGUUAAAUGAGGUUCCAGAGGCUUCAAAAAUUGGCCCGAAUGCUCCAACUAAGGAGGAAACGGUAGGCAUUAUUUUGCAUUUUUUUUUGUUUUUAAGCGCUAAAAAAAGGCAUUGUUUUGGACUAGGGCUAAGGCUUUAGGCUAGGACCAAAGCUAGGGCUAGUUUUGAAUUGUAUGAAAUUUAGGUAAGAUCGCCGACGAGCACUUUAAAAUCAACUAGGAAGAACAGCAGCAAGCUUAAGAAGAGCAAGAACGGUUCCAAGCGUGAAAAUAACACGAAGGCUCAGACAGCAGUUUUUGUAGCAUCAAACGUGAUACACCAGCCGGGAAAAAAGAACUACGCCAAACUUAACGUAAGUUAGUAUUAUUUUCUUAAUUUUGUAAGUAGAGUUUAGAUAAAAAGUAAUUAUGGUCGGGUUUGGUGCCAAAUCAAGGUGAAAUUAGGCAAGAGGAGGACUAAGAUAGGGCAAGGUUAAGGAAUCAAAUAGGAUAAAAGGUAUAACAUGAAAAAAAGAGAACUUAGAUUUGAGAAUAGAAAUGAUUUAGGUAGAGUAUAUUUAAUUCUCUUUUCAUAAGAUUUUUACAGGUAGAAACGCCUCAGCACCUUCUUCUCGGCCGUUACCCCCACUGAACCCCAGGAAGCAAGAUUUGAACGUGAGGAUGAGCAGUAUAAUCGUUUUGUACAGUUUUGGGGUCAUUAAACUUGAUUUAAAGAACGACGGCUAAAAUGAAGACUAGAAAUAAGAUUAGAAUUAGACGUGCGUUAACUAGUAGUACUAAAGCUAUAGCUCGAGCUAAGAAUAAUUCUAGGGCUAAGCUAAGGCUAGGACUAAAGAGGAUCAAGACUGGGCUAAGACCAUGGCUAGGACUAUGGCUAAAGCCAGAAAUAUCAAUCUUAAGAUUGGUUUUGUUAUUUUCAGAACUAUUAA